AUGCCGUGUUGGAUCAACUUGACAGUAAGAAUGAAACAGGAUAUCAUUGGAUUAUUGGAUUAUGAAUCGAGAUGCCAACUACGAUCCUGCUCAAAAGACGAUAGGGAUACUGUAGAUUCGACGAAAUUCACGGCGUCUAAACUGAGUUUAGUUGAAACUCAAAGCGAGAUGUCAGAUGGAAAAACAAUCGUCCGUUGUGAUCUAGACACUUUUACAAUCUGGUUCAUUGGAAAAGAGAAUAUAACAAGAGUUGAUAGAGGAUGGAAUGGAGAAGUAAAUGAAGGAUUAUCUGAAAUCAAACAGGAAAAUCGAUAUGAUGUAUUCAGAAGAUUCCUUCAAAAGAUAUCAAUCAAUGGAAUGAUUCAUGCGCAUUCGAUUUCAAUCGAAAAUAUUGAAUUCAGGCCGCCAGAAGAAUGGAAACCGAAAUGCGUCAACUUGAAAGUUACUAACAUCCAGAACAAUCAUAUUGUUGAAUGGCUUCAGAAUUCUUUUGUUUUCUCUAGAAAUUUCAAAAAACUUGAAAUCUCGUGUUGGGGAGAAGAUGAAGGUAUUGGAGAACUGAUUCCAGCAUUGGAGAUUACUGAUACACUAAAAUUGAAUCACGAAACUAAUUUGACGGACGAAGAAGUUGAGAGAAUCAAGGCGAUAGAUCUGAAUGUUUCAUCACAUCGUAUUACGGUAGAAGCGGCGAAGAGAAUUUUCGAGAGAUUUCUGAGAUUAUCAAAGAAAUCUGACUCCCUGGAACUUCGUAUCAAUUGUCCAGAAGGUUUCGAUUUCAAAACAGAUGUACUUCCAGGUCAUUUGAAUGUCAAAAGAUUCAAAAAAGAUAAUGAGGACCGGGGAGAGUAUUAUGGGAAAAUCUUCGGAGGCUUCGAGAACGUGCACAACGUUUAUGACGCUCGAGAAGUGGAAUGUAUCAUUUUCCAAGAUAGUAUGAGAAUUUCAUGUGAAGUUUACGAGAGAUCUACUAAUCCUUGUACACUGUGGCCGUUUUAA